GUCGAAUCUCCGCGACACCAUCACCACCGCCUCCUCUCGGAAACCACUUCCCGGCGGUCGUCGCAUCUGCAGUCGCCGGUAAAGAGAGACUCGGAUCCCAUUCAGGGGGGGAGUAAGGGAGGAGAUGGGGAACGUGAGCGGGAGGGAUGGGGUCGAGGACGGCGGCGACGAGGACGCCUCCGUUCGAUCGAGAUCCGACGCCGAUCCCGGCUCUACCCACGUCCGCCGCGUCCGAUCCGUCGAUUCCGUCGAGAGCUGGCCGCCGGAGAGCCCCGGCCGCUCCCGAUCCCCUCUCAUGUUCGCUCCCCAGGUUCCCGUACCACCCUUGCAUGGAGCUGCUGAUGCCCCUCCUGUAUUUAAUCAACUAUGGAUGAAUGAGCCUGAUCAACUCUCGGAUGGUCCCCUUGAAAAGGGAAUUCCAACACUGAUAACAUGGAACCGAGGGGGAAAUGUUGUCCUCGUAGAAGGAUCAUGGGACGACUGGACUUCAAGGAAGCAUUUGCAGAGGUCAGGCAAGGACCAUGCCAUUUUAAUGGUUCUCCCUUCGGGAGUAUACCGAUACAAGUUCAUCGUGGAUGGACAAUUAAAAUACAUUCCUGAUCUUCCUUUUGUUAGUGAUGAGACGGGGAACAUCACUAAUCUCCUUGAUGUCCAUGAUUAUGUUCCUGAAAAUGUGGAGAGCAUUUCUGAAUUUGAUUUGCCGCCCUCACCUGACUCCAGCUACAGUUGGUCGCUCACAGAUGAAGAUUUUGCCAAGGAACCGCCACUCGUUCCAUCCCAGCUGCACCUUACCGUUCUUGGGAUGCAGAACACUGAUGAAGAAGCGUCGCGGAAGCCCCAGCACGUGGUCCUCAACCAUCUUUUCAUAGAGAAAGGAUCCUCUUCCCAGUCGAUGGUGGCCCUUGGCCUGAGCCAUAGGUUCCAGUCCAAGUAUGUGACCGUCGUUCUUUACAAACCUGUGAGAAGGUGACGCAUUCCUCAGCUUCUUUGCACCGCCGAAACACGCUGCUGCUGCUACUAACAUGGGGUUGAUUUGUAUUCGGUAAUUGGCCAUCAAUUGCCACCAUAACCUCUCUCCGCUCAG